AUGUUACAUGAGUCUGCUCUUAUUCAACCAGUGGAUACUAGGAUGCGGAAAAUCUAUUGUAGAUUAUGGAAACUACCCACUUUACCAAGGAUAAGACAUUUUAUAUGGAAAGCAAUAGCUAAUCUUCUAUCUACAAGAGAAACCCUUGGUACUGCUAUCGUUGGGGAAGAUGAUUCUUGUCCCAUGUGCAAUCUCCAACCAGAAUCUUCUACUCAUCUCAUUAUGAACUGCUCUUUUUCAAGGGAAGUUUGUUUUGCUACCUUGGGUUGGACAUCUAAUACUACAGGCUCUUUAUCAGAAUGGAUUAGCAGUUGGCUUGAUAGUCUGCAGCAUGACACCAUUAAGGGAUCUGAAAUAGUUAACAGAGCUAGCAUUGUCUGGAGCAUCUGGAUAACAAGAUGUAAUAAAGUGUUCCAGAAAACUAAUACAUCUCCUGAAGUGAUCAUUCAUCAGUGCAAGUUGCUGAUGGAAGAUCACACUAACAAGACUUAUAAUACUCCUCAGAUUUCUUAUAGAGUUAAUCGUAGGAAUGCCCACUGGAUUCCUCCCCCUAUAAACACCUUAACCAUAAACUGUGAUGGUUCUUUUGAUUCACAAAACCUUUCAGGUGGUAUUGGACUAAUUAUUAGAAAUUUUGCAAUACACAACAGGAAACAAGGUGCAUCUACCUAA